AUGAUACCUUCCGACGUAUGUGAAGAGAGCUCACGGUUUUCAAAUAACGUUGCGCUCAGGUUUACGGAACUUCUAACUGCCGGCAUUUCAAUGUAUGGCCUCUAUUUACUUCUUCGCAUUACAAAGCGGCCCAGUUGUUUCGCAGUUCACAAGAACUUUCAGGUGAGUAUUCUACUUUUUUCACAGCCCUUCUACAUCGUUCUGACUAAAAAUUUAUUUCAGAUCCUCCUCUACAAUAUCGGCAUCUCAAUCUUCAUCGAAUUUUCCACUGGCGUUGUAUCCAACCUUUUUGCAUUUUUUCGAAGUUUCAUUUACACUGGCCACUGUGAGAACGUCUAUACGGUUUGGUUGAGCGUUCUGCUAAAGUGGCCGUUAAUCUGGAUGGUCUCCACAAUGUCACUGUUUCAUGUGGCGAUGCUUUUGGAGAGAGUGUUUGCCAGUUUUUGUAAGGAAAGUUACGAAAGAAUGGGCUGCUCAACUGGAGUGGUGCUGUGUGCAGCGGUGGUAAGUAAAAUCGUGUCGGAGGGAUGGGGGGAGGUGAACUCUUUGCCACGAGUGUUGUAUACAUAUAUCGGUCUGUUGGGAAAAUAAUGAACACAAUGUCGCUGCACCGACGUCGCUGAAGCGCAAAGCAAUUUGAUUUUGCCCCAACACAAUUCAUUUUCUCGAGUAUGCAAUUUUCGAUACGACAGAUUGCUCAUUAUUUUCCCGACAAACUGAUAACUCACAGAAAAAAAUCCUAGAUUCCACGCUUGUUUCAGUGGAUCCUCACCUUUCUCCUUAACUACGACCACAAUUUGUCGACCACCUACAAAAUGAUCAUGCCCUAUUGUAUCACAAUGACCCCGCAAAACGCCGAGCGGAUGUUUUACCUGUGGCUCUUCCUCCUGCCCGUCGAACUGAUCACCACUGCCGGCGACUUCCUUCUCCGCCAUGUGAAUAACACCGGGCGCAGCGAAAUGUAUGCGCCACUGUUUCGAUUCAUAGCUUUCUCUUCAGAAUUGUCGGGCAGUACUCGUUGGGACGCAGCUAUCAGAUGCAGGAAAACUACCUGACCGGGAAGCUGGUGUUCCCGGUGACAAUGGUGCACUCAACUUUUUACACAAUCUACCUCUUGUUGAGCAUUCUCGCGCGGAUAUUGCAAUUGAGGGUGCAAGAUCGAGUCAAUGUCAUCAUCAUGAUCAUUUAUAUUCAUAAUGUGAGUUGUAGCGAGGAUUAAGAAGGUAACGGUUUUGAAGGGACAAAGGUGAAAUUUGCUGUGAAAAAUGGGUCUCUCGACAAGCGCCGACAAGUCUCUAAACUUUAUGAAAAAAAAACUAAUAUUUACGCUUAGUUUCCCACAAAUAUUUUCAACGUUUCUAUAUGCAGGUAAUGCAACUAACGAUUGUAAUGUCAAUGGCAAGGUACAUCAAAAAAGUCGACGAGUUCGAAGGCCGCUCGGAGAUCAGGGAGAUCCGAAUGAAACGAGAGGAAUCGACGGAGAUCUACUUUGAUUAUUUGCACAAACAAAUGGACGGUCGGUUUUGGGGCUUCCCCAAAAAAAAUGUUGUAAUGCCGGUCUGA